AUGGCACCGCCACCUCCACCACCCCACCGCCACAGCCGCAGCAACCGCCGUUACCGCCCGUACUCCGUGUCCUUAGUCUCCGUGGAGGCCCUCAGCCCUCAAACGUUGCACUGUCGAGGCAAAUGCUUCGUUGGGGCGCCUUUCGUGACCGACACAGCCGGCGAUCAUGUGCCGGCAGCCCGGAGCAGCGGCAACCACUGCAUUUGUGGGGACCGUGAGGCGAAGGUGGGGACGUAUCGCGAGUUUGUUUUCUUCGACGAAGAGAAGGUAUACCCGGAAUAUGCCAUCAUCUACAGAAGGCAGUAUGACAAGAGCAAGGUGCCGGAGGAAAUGGUUCAGAAAACAACUGGAACAACCGGCCGUUUCUGGCAGAUGAAAGCGCCUGACUGGAGGAAUGUACCCCCAGAGCUGAACAAAGUCUUGAUUCAAGCUAUGAAGGAUGGACAGGAGGAGGUCCAGUUGACGUUGAAUGGCACCGAGUAUGCGUUCAACCUCACCGAGAAGAAGGGGACCAACUUGAGGACGGGCAACAAGGUGCCACUUCGUGCUCCCAUGGUGAAGUGA